UUGUUAUCCAUCCAGUCCAGUCCACACUUAUGGCAGCCUCGGUGGUUCCACCAAUGCUUCUCUCUGCAAUAACAUCCCAACUCCCUCUUUCCCCGCCUAACUCCUCCACCAACCAAACCCUUCCACGUGCCCCCCUCUACCACCUCUCCUCCUCCUCUCUUCCCAAGCCCCCUCCCAAACACCUCUACCUCAACUCCACCUCCCUCCACCACGUCUCCGCCCCCACCCUCUCCGACGACGAUGAAUCCCCCCAAGCCCAACCCGCCAUGGUCUCCUCCGCCUCUGCCAUCUCCGCUGCCAUACGUAAAGCCUCCACCUCCCCCGUCGACUUCACUCAAAGAAUCGAGAAAAACGACCACCGCAACCACAAAUUAAUCAUGCCUACCCCCGACUUCCAGCGCCUCUGCCUCGAACAACUCGACCUCUUUCGCCGUAUCGUUGACCCCGACGCUGUUCUCUCCGUUUAUGUCAGGCCGGCCGGUAGUUACGUCAUGGACCAGCUGGAGUUACGUCGAGUUACCUCGUAUCCGGGAGUCGAAGCCGCCGACAUUUUGUUUUUAGUCGGAAACUUCACUGUCCCCGCAGGACUGCGUGCCGCUGAAGCGGCGCUUUCAAGUCAACAAAUGGAGGUUGUGGGGGAGCAUAGAGCGGUGGUAUUUCCUAUGGUGAAGCAGCCGUUCGUGGUGGGCUUCUUGGUGGCGGAGCUCCCGGGGAUGGAGAAGGUGCCGCAGGGGAGUGAAAGUGGGGACAUGGUUCGUUUUCCGACUCCUGAGGAGGCUUACGCGUUGUCUUCUCCUUCUCCAGGACUGGGUUUGAAAAAAUCGUGGGAAAUUCAGUCUCUUGAGAAUGAAGCCAUGAGGCAAAAUGAUAUCUUUACUGUUGACGAGAGAUCCAAUGCCAUCAAUAUAUCUCGAACUUUAGCAGUGGCUUAUGUUAUGGAUCAGAAAGCUAUUUUACUACAGCAAUCGACAUGGCAAAACAAUGUCAGAAUGGGUGCUCUGGUUGAGCAGAUUCGCGGUCCUCUUUCCAGCAUUAGGACGUUAAGUAAAAUGCUAUCCACUCAUGUCAAAGAACAUGAGAUUUCUCACGACAUUGUUGAAGACAUAUUGGUGCAAGGUGACUGUAUCAGCGGCACCCUUCAAGAGCUACAAGAUGCUGUUUACUUGACAAAGGCUAAUAUAAUGCGCUACAAUGAAGGAUCUUUGAAAAAGAUGCGUAAUUCAACUCAUUCGCACCCUGAGUCGCUAAGAUCUCAAUUAUCAGAUGAUUUCUCCAGGGAUAGGUCUGGCAAUAGGUCAGAAACCUCCGGUUUACUACUUUCCCUAAGUACUACAGACAAGGAUUUAGAGAUGCCAAUGCCACCUCUGGCUCUUGCUCCAUUACAAGAACACGGAAUUAGGAAGUCCUGUAAUAUUUCUGAUGUACUCACUGAUUUAGUUGAUGCCGCGAGACCUCUUGCACAUAAGCAGCAACGCAUGGUGGAAUUAAGUGAACUUUCGCAGCCUUUGCAAGUGGCUAUAGAAGAACCUGCUUUGCGCCAAGCCCUGAGCAAUUUGAUAGAGGGUGCAUUGUUACGUACUCAGGUUGGGGGGAAGGUUGAAAUUGUUUCUACUAGUGCACCAGCAGGUGGUGCUCUACUAGUAAUUGAUGACGACGGUCCAGAUAUGCACUAUAUGACACAGAUGCAUUCCCUCACACCAUUUGGUGCCGAACUCUUUUCGGAGAACAUGAUUGAAGACAACAUGACAUGGAACUUUGUUGCUGGGCUGACCGUAGCACGAGAAAUACUUGAAAGUUAUGGGUGUGUUGUCCGUGUGAUAUCACCUCGGACCACGGAUGCUGCUCUAGGAGCAGGUGGAACUCGUGUAGAACUAUGGCUUCCUUCUUUUGCUGCAUUAUCCGACAUAAACAACCUUAGUCAAGAGGCAUAACAAGAAAGUAGGAUACUAUGUUUUUUUGAUUAAACUCAGGGCUUAUUUGGAAGUCCCCGCUCGCACCAACACAUGUAUUAGUAUCUGAAUUUGAGGGAAAUUUGUAUAGUUGAAUUCUGGUGUAGUGUAUACAUAUACAUAUAUAUAUCACGAAGAAGAAAAGGAAAUUGUAAAUGAAAAUGUAUUCUGGUGCAGUGUAUACAUAUGUAAUAUAUCAUGAUUUGGGUCAAAA